UGCGAAUUUGGAGCCGCGGUUAGCUUAAGUGUAGCGUUACUACUAGUAGUAGUCAUACUUCUCUACUCGAAUUCUUCUGGUUCUCUGCGUUUAUCAUUUCAGCAUAAUUCAAAGGUUAAUUUAGUGCUGAAGUCUUGUAGGACUAUGUCUCGCAUAAAAUAUUGUGGAAGACAAGUGAAAAGCUGUCCUUUUUCCAUAAAUUAAGUACUUUUGCGUGACAAUGUCACGUGUCAAGUGUACGAUAUCUCACACUACCAAUUCUGAGAAACUCUUGGUUAAAUAUUGAAAACUUGAAACCUAGUUUCGUUCUGGGCUUUCCGUUGUGAUUUCUCAAAAUUAUCUCCAGCGUUUUAACGAAACUUCCUAAAUUUACCAGUCUUCCCAAGCUGCCAAUUUUGGGGAAGCCGCUAUAGUAAAUUUUGGGGAAAUGGCACAAAAACCCCAAAAUUUCCCCAGACCUGGGGAAACCUCCAGAAUCUCCCCAAUGUUGUGACAAUUGUCACAACGUCUCGUUUAAAAUUUCCUGAUUUUACGAUAGAUACGUUACUUAUUUUUAAUGGAUUUUUAGCCGAGAGAUGUGCAAAAAGACAUUCCCGAAAGAGGUAAUAAGGUAGAGGUCCUAGUCGAAAAUGAAAACAAAAAGCCACAGCGAAGAGACAUUUGACCUUCCCGUCAUUCUACUUGUUUUAUGGCUCCACUUUGCAAUACUGGUGUGGUCAACAGCGGAGGUUUAUGCUUAUUAUUAGAAUACAAGAUUUCACAUAAUUUACCACCAACUGGCAUUCGUCAGGUUGUGCAUACUACAGUCUUAUAAUAUAGGUAGGGUCAUGUCAUCCAGGUAUUCAGAAAUUUUGGUCAUUCAGUAGUAGGUUAGAGGGCUAUCUUGACCAUCAUAUUUUCGUGUUUCACCACACCCAUUGUUUCUUUUCCAUUUUCUCAAGGAAAGCUGGAAUAGUCCUAGCGAUUGUAGGGAUUACUCAUGUGAAACUUGCAAGUUGACUGAAAGUUCAUUAUGUUUCAUAUUUUCCGUUACUCAUUCCUGUUUCGAUAUUCCGUGAAAGCUUUCCCAAUAACAUAUUACUUCGGCCUUGAAGUUUUCUUUCUAAUCAGUCAUAACUUCCUCGUAAAUACAAAUUGGUAUCCGAUUUACAUAAUUUGUCUUAAGUUCGUAGAUAUGAGCUACUUCAAGUGGAACCCAAAGCGGGAUUUCAUUCAGUCGCCCAGGUUUUCGGUUUCCGGUCAAAUGAUCACUGCCAAAAACACUUCGCUUAUUUCGGUCUGAUUGCCGUAAAAUAUUCGGCCCAUGAACAAUAUUUAAACGUAUACUACUGUCAUCAAAUUGUAUAUUGAAUGCUACAUUUAUGUUGGGAGUCUCAUCCCUGGUGGGUGAAAUUUUGACACGAAUUCAGAAAGCCCGGUUGAUUAUUGCCAACUUGCGUCACAUGUAGCGUAGGAGGAAAAUCCGUUUGCUAACUAAAGAGCAAGUUUACUGCUCACCAGUCCUCUGCAUUCUUCUUUAUGAGUAUGGAAUAUGGGCUUUAAAAAUAGAGAAUGUUUGUAGGUUACUAGUAUUCGAUCAUAGGUGCCUUCAAAGCAUUACUCCUGUAUUUUGGAAUAAUCGAGUUCCCAAUGUUGUGGUUAGACGUAGAGUAUUGGGUAUAUAUUAAAAACCGAUUGACGAGGUAGUAGAUCUGUAUUGACUGAGAUAGUUGGGACAUAUCUUACGUAUGCUUAUCCACCGAUUACCUCGAUGCGUAAUGAUUGCUGCUGUACCAGUGGGUUAGAAGAAAAGUAGAGGCGGCCCAGCCAACACAUGACAUCAGGUGUAUAUACCUACAUCAUUGUGAUCGAUUCUGAGCCAUGUCACCCAGAGUUUCCAACCGUUGGUUACGAUAGUCACACAGACCCCAACCAAGUAGACUGCAUCUACCAACAUGGCUCACACCAGAAGUUGUUGAAAGGAGUUGGAAGAAAGUUGGGGCAGCCAAACCAAAAUGUGGCACCAGUCCUUUAAGUCACUAACUUCUAGUCUGAGUCAUGUUGGUAGAUGCAGACUACUUGGUUGGGGUCCGCGUGACUAUUACAACCAACGGUUGGAGACUGGGUGACAUGGCUCAGGAUCGAUCACAAUUGCGUAGGUGUAUACACUCUUUGUCUUCCCCUAAACCAUGAGAUUAAAAUUGCUCUAUGCCUUUAUUUUUACGAACGAGUUUUUGAAUCUGUGCAGAGAUUUCAUCAGACGUCAAUCUACUAGGGGUGGUCAGACUUCCAAGAUAAGUGAAGUUAUGGACGCGUUCGACUACUUCACUCUUGGUCGGGCUCCGCGUGAUCAUCGUAAUUAAUGGUUGGAGACUUGGCAUGGCAGUUCAACAUCGUUAGCAAUAUUUUGGUGGAGUUUUGUUCUCUGAGCUGGAUGGUUUGGUCGUGGAGCUUUCAUCGUUCUUCUGAACGACAUCAUCAGCACAAACUUCAGAUAGAAGUGAAGUGUUCGAAUUUCUCCAUAUGUGUUUCACAGCUUGUUCUGUGCACCUCGAUGUUGAUUGGUUCUCCACCAUCGUUAGCAAUAGCCCAGGUGCAUUCACUCUUUGUCUUCCCAGAAGUUCCAAGUUCCUAAAUUCCUCAUUUUUUAAAUUAUUCCACUCAUUGUUCUCGAAUUGUUCUCGAAUUGUAUCUUGCAUGCCUUAUCCUUUCCAUCAUCACCAUUAGUCCCGUUACUUCCUCGACUACUUUGGGACUUACUCUGACGAUUUCAUGUCUCUGUGCAAAAGGGGUGUCACAAACUAAUGUACACUUGUACCAGGUUCUUACGUCGUAUUUGACUGAUUGGCCAUACCUUGUGCUUCACUUUUCUUAAAUUUACAAAUCUGAUACCAGAUCUAUGAAAAAAAUCUAUGUCUUCCUAAUGGUUCAUUUUAUUUACAGUUGCUACAUGUGUGAUCACAGCAUUGGUGGUCAUUGUUGUCAUUCGCAUAAAGCCGAUAAUUCCCCAUCGUUUAGCUUGUACUGGUUUAUUGAUAUACAUAAUGUAGAAUGUUUGAAUGAAUCUGUUUCUGGAAGUGGUAAACUUGUUUUCAAGCCUUAUGAGGUAUGCUUACUGUUUCAUAAUUACUGUGUUUAGGAUCGUAAAGAUUCAACUGUUUAUGUUGAAAGUGAUGUUGAUCAGGAAUUGUUAUUUAAUAUACCGUUUACUGGAAAUAUAAAACUAAUGAGUAUUAUUAUUUCUGGUGCUGAUACCGAACAACAUCCAAGUCAAGUGUCGUUGUACAAAAAUAAACCUUUCAUGACAUUUGAAGAUUUAAGUAAAAUAGGCUGAAUGUGAACAAUCACUCGAAUUAACUGUUGAUCCAAAUGGUGAAGUGAUAUAUCCAUUGAAAAUUUCACGAUUUUCUAAUGUGCAAACACUGAGUUUACAUUUCAGUGCUAAUUACGGGGGUGAUACAACACGGAUUCACUACAUUGGCUUGCGGGGAGAUUAUACACCAGCACCGAGACGAGAAGCUGUUAUUACAAAUUACGAAGUAACUCCAAAUGUUUCUGAUUUAAAAGACAACAUAUUACAAACCCAGAGUCGUUUUGUUGAAUAAAUAUAAGUCUUUUGUCGUCACAUGUUUUUUCUUCUUCCAAUAUUUUUAUAUGUAUCAUUUUUCACUGAAUAAUGAUAUUAUCUUCUAGAAAACAUGAAUGUAAAAAAGACAUGAAUUUCAACGUUGACUUAGUUCAAAACAUCUCUCAACUUCUUUCACCUCUAAUUACUGAAGAUGAAUUAAAAUAUCUUGAAAAACUUCCGAGAGGACCUUUAUCUAGUAAAUCGUCUCAUCAAGAUACUAUUGUUCCUAAUCUAUUGAAAAAUGCAGAAGAUGAAGUUCUACGUUUAUAUCAUAGGCAGGAAUACUUUAGAAAAGCUUAUAAUAAUACACUUAAACGAAUGGAUACUUUAGCUAAUAGUCUACCAUCAUAUGCUCUUGAUUAUAUUACAACUUCAGGAUAUCAUAAAGAUGCACUUAAUAAAGAAGAUGAAGAAGAAGAAGAGGAGGAUAUUCCACUUGACCCUGAUUAUGUUAAUUUUAUGAUGAAAACUAUACAACAUCGUCAAAAUCGUGAUAAUAUUGAAUCAAAUGUAUAUGAUAUUCAAUCAAUGUUAAAAGCACCACCUCGUAAAUUGAAUCAAUCUACAGAUAUUCAAACAAUUGAUUCUCAAAUUGAAAUGCUUGAAGCUUCUCUAUUACAUUAUUAUGAAUUUGUAUCACCUUGUCGUGAUUCACCAGUUUGGCCUGUCUUACCAUUAAAACGAAGUUUGUAAUUAUUUAACUUUUAAUACAAACAUUGAUUAUAAAUAUUUUCAAACAUCUUACCUUCUUAUAUUUUUGGAAUAUUUGAAAUGCUAUUUGUUACUAUCCUCUUUUUUUUGAUAUUACAGACAAUGAAUAAAGUAAUUAACAGUGUAUUAGAUUGAGGCCAAAAUCAUAUUACUGGAGAUUUAACUAUUUUAUUUAACAAUUCCUAUUGUUAUUAUUAUUAUUAGUAUUAUCAUCAUCAUGGGUGUACGAGGAUUAACAACCUACUUACAAAGUGAUCCACGAAAUUUUACUGAAUAUCAAUUACAUAAUACAACUGUGAUUAUUGAUGGAUUGAAUUUUUUAAAUUUUCUCUAUUUUGAUUCUGGAUUAUAUACACAAUUUAAUGGAGAAUAUUUAGCAUUCAGUGGAGUAAUUUAUCGUUUUAUCAAUACAUUAAAACGGUGUAAUAUAAACCCUAUUUUUGUUCUAGAUGGGUGUCAUGAUCAUUUUAAAUUGAAUACACAAAUGAAAAGAAAUUAUCAACGUAUGCAAACAUGUCGUCAAUUAUUAAAUUCUAUUAAACAUAAUCAAUUAUCAUCAACUCAUUCAUUAUAUAAUGUUCAAUUACUUCCACCAUUAACCAUUAUAACAUUUAUUCAAAUAUUAAAUCAAUUAAAUAUUCAUUAUAUUACAUGUGAUAGUGAAGCUGAUCAAAAUGUCAUGAAUUUAGGCAUAUAUUUUAAAUGUCCAAUUAUAAGUAAUGAUUCCGAUUUUUAUAUCACUAUCCCUAAUCAUAAUCAUAAUGAUAAUCCAAUGAAUGAUGAUGAUGAUAAUGUCUCAUUUUUACCUUUAUCAUUGAUAUCCUUUAAACCAAUAAUCAAUAUAAAUCAAUGUUAUUCUUGUCAAAAAUAUAAUCAAUUAUGUAUGUAUUUAAAAUGUCAAAAAUUUUUAAUUAAUGGACCAGGUUUAAAAAAUUUAUCCAUUAAUCAACGUUCAUUAUUAGCUAGUUUAUUAGGGAAUGAUUAUAUUUCAUCAAAUCAAUUUAUUCAUAAAUUACCUAUAUCAUUUAAUGAUAAAACAAUCUUAUUACAUCAUAAUACUAUGACUAAACAAAUAAAAUUAAAACGUCGUAAAUUAAUUAUAUUACAAUUAAUUAAUUGGUUAUUACAAUUUAAUGAUAAUAAUAAUCAUAAUAAUACUAAUCUUGAUAAACCAAUUCAAUGUUUAUUAAAUAAAUAUCCUAAAUUAGAACGUAAUCAAUUAUAUCAUCAAUUAAUGUAUAGUAUUCAUACUUAUCAUAUUCAUUCAAAUUUAUUCUAUUUACAUUUUAAUAAUGAUUUGAAAUUAUUUAAAUGGAUUCCUACAUUUGUAAAUAAAAAGAAUAUAAAAUCUGAUAUUGAUUGUAGUAUUGGCAACAAUAGUAGUAGUCGUUGUAGUAAUACAAUGAUGAAAUCUGUCACAAUGCAACAACAAUCAUCACCAUUGAAUUCAUCAUGUUCUUCUGAAUAUGAUAAAGAAAUUGAUGAAAAUCAAAUAUUAACUACUAAAGAAGAAGACGAUGAUGAUGAUGAUGAUGAAGAUGAUAGUCGUAAUACAAUGAUGAAAUCUGUCACAAAUCGACAACAAUUAUCACCAUUGAAUGUAUCAUGUUCUUCGGAAUAUGAUAGUGAAAUUGAUAAAAAUCAAAUAUUAACUGUUGAAGAACAAGAAGAUGAUGAUGAUCAUAAUGACCAUAGUAACAAUAAUGAUGAUGAUGCUGUGAAAGAAGAUGAUGAUGAUGAUGAUGAUGGUGGUGUUAAUGAACUGAAUGAAUAUGAUACUAAUGAAUCCACUCAUAAUAAUAAUAAUAAUAAUAAUAGUAAUAAUAAUUCAUAUAAAAUAACAACAUAUUGGCCUGCUGAAUUAUUAAAUUCAUUUAGAAAAUAUUUAAUUUUACCAAUAUUUUUAGAUAGUAUCUUAUCAUAUGGUACAAUAUGUCUAUGUUGUAUUGAAUCAUUAUAUCAUUAUUCAUCUAUCUAUUCUAAUACAAUAUAUCUUCGUACAUUAAUUUAUAAUUUAUUAUUAGGCAUUGAAUCAAAUUAUACAUUACGUUAUCCAAAUCAAUUAAUUGGUUUAAAUCAAUUCAAUAAUAAUAAUAAUAAUAAUAAUACUUUGUAUUAUAUUAUAGAAUAUGAUCGUAAAAAUGCAUUUCAUAUCAAAAAACGUAAAAUAUUCGUUGAACCAAUACACUUAUUAUCAUUAUGUAAUACUCCUACUUCUACUCCUACUCCUACCCCUCCUCCUCCUCCUACUACUCCUACUCCUACUCCUACUACUACUACUACUAAUGAUAAUAAUAAUAGCAAUAAUAAUGAACUAAAUAUAAAAAGAGAUCCGCGUUUAAUAUUUCUUCAGCAAUAUUUAAAUCUUGAUUAUCAUUUUAUGGAAUUACAUAAUGAUUGGUUAAUAUCUAUUGUAUUAAUUAAUGUAUUGAAUUAUAAAAGUCAAUCUAUACCACUUUAUACUACUACUAAUACUACUAGUAAUAUUGAUGAUAUCACUCAAUGUCCUAUCUCAUUGACAUUUGGUGCUAUAUGUAUAUGUACAUAUUUAUUAACCAUACAUUCUAAUCAUCAUUUAUCAUUCUAUAAAUUAUUAAAUAAACAUUAUUAUAAAUGUGCAAAUUAUUUUCUAAAACAUAUAAAAUCUUUGAUAAAUAAUAAAAAAAAUGUUAAUAAAAAACAAUUAAAUAAAUUAAAUAUUAAUUAUGUACAUAGAUAUGGUCAAUUACAAAUAAUUUAUAUUACAUUAUAUACAUUAAUUCAUUUAUUAGAUACCAUAGUAACAAUCAAUCAAAAAAAUCAAUUAAAAACUUGUUUAAAUUUUUUAUCGAUUUAUUUUAUGUUUCCAAGUGGUUAUCUUUUUCAUAAUAUAUGUCAUUGUAUUAGUUUCAUUCCAUCCAAUGGUAAUAAUAAUAAUAAUAAUAAUGAUAAUAGUAAUGAACGUUAUCACUAUGUACGUAAUGUAAUUAUCAAAGAAUUAUUAAAUUAUAAUCAUCAUACUAAUCAAUAUUUAAAUGAUGCAUUUAAUUUAUUUGAUCAAUAUUUACACAUGUGUAAUAGUAAUCCAUUCAAUCAUGUAUUGAAUAAAUCUUUGAAAAAAUUCAAUUUUAUAAACUAUUCAAAAUCAUUAAAAGAGAAUGUAAUCAAACAAGAUUUAUUGACCAUAGCAACAACAACAACACUACCACCACCACCAACAACAACAAAUAAACCAAUUCAAAUGAAAAUGAAAAAAAUAAAGAGAAAAUGUAAACCAUCAAAAAAUAAUAAUAAUAAACAAUGUAAACAAUUAUCCUAUGCUGAAAUAGAAGAGAAAGUUAGAAAAUUAAUGUUAGAAAAUGGUUUAUUAGAUUAAAGAUAAAAAGUAAGAAGAGAUUUUUAUCAUCUGUGUAUUGUAAAUAGUAUUUUUUUUUACAAAAAAAUUAAAAAAAUACAUGGUAUUUAUUAAAGAAUUCUUUCAGUGUACUGUUCUAUAUUAAUGAAGUCGAUAUUGGAUGUUUGUUUAGUUUAAGAUAAUGAAUGAUACAAACAAGGACUUACUUUACUUAUUUACUUAGGCCUCUUACUCCCAAUAGUGCUCCCAAAUGCUUUGGUACGGCCGAAAGUAGGGAGAGUCCGCUCUCCCUCUCGAAAUGCUCUCACAUGGCCACGUGUAUAUAGCCUCUACCAGGGAAGUCCUACUCACUGACUUCUCGUGGCGUUAUUGUUGUUUAUGAGAAUGAGAGAACGAAAAGCGAAUGUCCGGCGCUUGAACCGGAUUCCAAACCAAUGGUGCACAUGGGCUCCAGUAUCCUGCGGAAACAAAUAGCGUAUGAACAAAUUGUUGUUCACCGGCUUCCAUGGGACUGCAUCUCCUUACGACGCUCCACUGCCUUGUGGAUCAGACCUUCAAGUCGAAGGCUCGUGGAGUGGCCUCCUAAGAAGAUCACCUGCUUCGGUUUGGACACCGGGGCAGUAUUACAGCCCUCACGCAUAUCAAAUGAGAUUUGUGUGGCGCAUAUGUAUUUGGUGCCUCCUUGUACCGAUAUCUAUGUGUUAAAAUAAAUAAAUAACAAAU